UUGACUUUGAGUUGGAACAAAACACUACUGUAGAAGUUGAGCAGCCCAUGUGAAAUAAAGCGCUAAUACAAAUUCGCCUUUAUGAAAGACCGUGAAGCCCAGGAGCAAAUGUCUCGAGAAGAUUGGGAAGAAGCGCCAGCAGAAGGUAGCUCCCCGGAAAAAGAUUUAGAACAGAAUCGCCCCAAGCUUCAGGGCCGUUUGUCGGUAGGAUCUCUGAACUUUGGAAUCCCAACAAACAAAGGUGCCCAGGACCACGUAGACGCGCACCACGGAAAGCAAUCAUGGCGGUACAGGGUGCUCAGCUCGCUACAUUCACAACCUAUUCAGAUCACUCUCUCGUGUCUCCUUCUAUUGGACGUGAUUAUACUCUUUGUGGAAAUAUUCUUGUUGGCACAAUUUCCUCCAUGUCAUGUAAUUGAACGGGACGCUAUUUCGUGCUGCCCGUCUCGGGGGGAGAAUGUUUCCGAAAGAUUCUUGGCUUCGACCGAUCACCACAAUUUUUGCGAAGAUGGGCUAGAAUCCACUGAGUACCUUGCGGGUUGCGACUCGCACAAAUGGCACCGUGUGCAUACUACUGAAAAAGUCCUCUUUGGACUAACAAUUACGAUUCUUUGCGUCUUCAUGAUUGAACUCAACAUCACCAUGCUCGCGCUGAAACCCUUGAUUUUUUUUCGGCAACUCUUUUAUUUGCUGGACUACAUCAUCGUCGCGGUGAGUUUGGCUUUGGAAUUGACCUUCCACUUUUUGAGCGAGGACGUAGUUGCUAGUUUCGUUGGCAUACUUGUGAUUGCCCGUAUUUGGCGAUUCAUUCGAAUCGGUCAUGGGCUAAUCGAAGUGGCGACUGAAAUUUCGCAUACGAAAUACCAAUCUUUGCUUUCGUAUGCGGAGGAGCUGGAAGAUGUACUUCAUAGACAUAGCAUUGACCUGCCGGACUCUUUGCGCUUGAUGAAGUUUGAAUCUAAUGAUUUGUUAAGUCAGAUUGAAAGAGAUCAUCGGCAUUAUCGCCACACCUCCAAACAAUGCAGUACUGCCAAAAACAAUGAUGGCAAAGCAUUGAGUAGUAGAUCGCCAUCAGAAGAGAAAACAGCAUCGACGUAGCCGAUGGUAAAAUCUGACUUGCCGAGUUUGCCGACGUUUAUACAUAGAAAAGGACUACGAUGCUUUCCAUUUCACAAAUCCUGGAAUGCCAGUUGGAGCAGCGUCUUACUCGCUGCUACCCUGCAUGGAAAAACGUGCACAGAGCUACCUAUACAACCCGAUCAUAUAGUGUCACCGGUGCCUUGUUCUCCUAGAAUUGUGUUUUGUCGUAUCC